AUGCUCGUCAAGAACCUCCUCGUCGCCGCCGCCCUCGGCCUCACCAACUUCGCAGCUGCAAAACAGGGCAUCGACCGCCCAUGUGGCCUCAAGAUUGCCCUCUGCCCCCAAGACACGGAAUGCAUUCCCAACUCUCCUGACUGCAAGGACCUGAACCGCUGCCCCGGAAGGUGCUACUUCAAGAAUCAAUAUCAGACCUGCGGCGGCUUUACACCCAAGCCCCCGCCGCCGUGCAAGAAGGGCACAAGCUGCAUCGACGACUCGCGUAUCCCGAACUCGUGCGGGAUGGCCUGCGAUAUGACGGGCAUCUGCGCGCCCAAGAAGCUACACCAGUGCGGGGGCAUCGCCGGGCUGGAGUGUCCGGACGGACUCUGGUGCUAUGACGAUCCGAGUGAUGACUGUGAUCCUGAGAACGGCGGAUCUGACUGUGGAGGAAUCUGUCUUUAG